GUAUUGGUCGUUUCGCGUCCGCGUCGCGGCGGGCAAAUCAGGUUUUGCCUCUGCGUGAGCGCGAUCGGUCUUUGUGCUGCUCGCAGGCGCCAGGUGCAGCGCGAUAGCCCGCGGAAGACCGCUUCAGAGGACGUUGACGACCCGCAGUGCUGCCGGUCUGAAACGCGCAAGCCCUACGCGCGCCACAAGUUUAAAAAAAUUCCAGAGACCAACCUGCAGCAGCCCUGCACAGCGACGCGGCGCGAGCCAUGUCGCAGCAGUCUCCGAUUCUAGUUCCCGACAGCGACGACGACGUCUCGGUCGAGUCCGCUGGUGCGGCCGCGGCGAGGAGAUUGCAAGAGCAGUUCGACGCCGAGGCCCGCCGCGCGAGAGGCGACGACGAGGCGACGCAGCGGCUCGUGGCGCGCCUGGCCGCGCCGGCGCCGGUCGACGAGCGCUCGCUACGCCUCGCGCGGAGCCUCGCGGCACCACCGUCCGAAGACGCGUCCCUACGCCUGGCGCGGCGGCUCUCGGCCCCGCCGCAAAACGAACUGAAGGACGUCCUCGGCCGCGCGCUCGCGAGCAACGAGUUCACGGUCGAGACGUCGUCGCUCCGCGGCGAGACGGUAGCAGCGCUUGUCGGCGCCGGCUUCGACUGCGCCAGCGGCUCCCUCACCUUAGCGGACCGCUCGGCGGCUUUCGCGCUCUACUCCCGGCUCGAGGCCGCGCCGCCGGCCCCAAUCUCGCUGGGCGGCCGUCCGCUCGCGGCGGGCGACGUCCUCGCCCUAGAUGGAGCGCCGGCCAUGGCGCCCGGCUUCGACCCGAUGAAGGCUCAGAUCGGCCCGAACCAGUGCUCGGGCGAGAAGGUCUCGUCGUCGUCGACGCCGUCGGCGCCGCGGCGCCCGGCGUUCGACGCGACUGAGGCGAAAGCUCGCCGACUGAAGCGCGAGGCGGAGCACCGCCGCGAGAAGGAGGAGAAGAAGCGGCAGCGCGAGCGCGAAGUGCAGGAGUUCCGCACGGACCGGCUCUACCGCGGCAAGCACGGCGCGCGCGCGACGGGCAUCACCGACGCGAAGCGCGGCCCGGCGUGGAUCUUGGGGUGCCUUCGAUUCCGUUAGAUGGCGCGGAGGUGGACGCUACUCACCGGUCGACGCUUGCGCAGGUGGGCCGAGUCCUUUGGUGCCUCGGGCGCCGCUGACCGAGAGAAGCGAGUCGUCGUCUUCAACGGGCCGGGCGGCCGCCACGACAGCGACGGGAACGGGAACUGCCGCCUCGCCGUGCUCUUCAAGGACCCGCUCGGCGACUCGGGCCGCUCCAUCCUCGACGCCGUGGCCAAGGAAGUGUCGGGCUUCGGGUCCAAGGUCGAGCAGAACCGCGGGCGGAGCGCUGCGAUGGCCGCGUGCGUCUCGGGCGUCGCGCGCGUCGGCCAGAAUCAACAGUUCGAGAAGUACUGCUGCCGGUGUCGAACUCAUCCUUUGAGUCCUACUUGAGUGCGACUUCUACGCCCUUUCCCCCACGCAGCAAGUAUACCGAAAUCCUCAACACGCACCCGCUGAUGGGCCCGAAGCGCCCGAAGGCCGUCGAGAAUUUGAAGGCGCUCUGCUACGACCGGCCGAUGGCGCUGCUCGGCGACGUGCUCGACCCGGGCGGUGCUCGCACUGCGUCCGUGGAUCUCCCGCUCCUUGACUGUGUUCGCGCGCAGGCGUCGUCGACUUCCAGUCCGGGAAAUACCGGCAGGAUUUUCGUGAGAUGAAAACCUUCGACCACGGCCAGCUCCUCGUCCACUCCUACGAAAGGCAGGGCGAGUUCAAGAACCACUUCGACCAGAACUCGCAGGCUGUAGCGCUGUGGUCCGUCGGCCACUCGGCCGUGCCGUCGGUGUAGAAAACAACGGUCACGGACGCUAGACCAACCCUUGCGGCGACCAUAGGGAUCUAUUGGCCACUCACAGGUUUUCACGUGCUGCUUCUCCGACCAGUGCGAGCGCCACGGCUCCGUCGACCGGCCGUCGUGCCCGCACUGCCACGAGUUCAAAUUUGAAAGUGCGGCCAGCGUCGAGAGCAACGAGUCCGCACGAUCGAACAAGUUUUGAUUCCUACACAGGUGGCGACGUCCUCGUGUUCAACGCGUCGUACGACGACCAGGUCGGCGUCUGCCACGGCGUGAAGGAGAUCCUCGACGAGGUCGCCGAGGGCGCCGCCGAGAAGCUGCCGGCCUGGAUGAAGGGCCGGCGCGUGAGCGCGCGUCUUCGGUGUCGGACGACCCCCACGCCAUCGACGCGACGUGUCCAUGCGCAGGUCCAGUGGCGCGGCCGCAAGCAGGAGGCCGUCGCCGCGGAGACGGUCGGCGAGAGGGCCGAGCGCGAGGGCAUGCGCCACCGCGGCGAGGACCCGGGCGACCUCGCGACGUACCGCCGCGAGAAGGCGAUGGCGGCGAUGCGCGAGCAGCAGCAGAACAAGAAGGGCGGCGGCUGACGCUAGGCGCCGGCGCGCGAGGACCCCUCCGCGCCCGUCCCGCCCUACUUCGGGGGCACCCAUGACGACGCCGCGCAACGACUCACGCGCGGCGUCCGAACACCCCUCUAAAAAUCACCAAAUAA